AUGGGGGAGAAAGUUUCGGAGGCGCCUGAGCCAGUGCCCCGCGGCUGCAGCAGUCACGGUGCUCCGACUCCCGCCCCUGCGGUGGCUGCCGAGUCCUCGCCCGGCGCUUCCUCGGCGGAGUCCUCCUCGGGCUCGGAAACUCUGUCGGAGGAAGGGGAGUCUGGCUUCUCCCGCGAGCAGCCGCCGCCGCCGCCGCCGCCGCCGCCGGGUGGAGCUCGGCCGGCCGCCGCGUGGGCUCCCGCGCUCGCGGUGCCGGAGCGUGGAGUCUCAGCGCCGCCGCCGCGCCCGGGAGGAGCCGCGCCACCCGCGCCCCGGGGCAGCAGCGCGUCCCAGGAGGAGCAGGACGAGGAGCUUGAUCACAUAUUAUCCCCUCCACCCAUGCCAUUUCGGAAAUGCAGCAACCCAGACGUGGCUCCUGGCCCUGGGAAGUCGCUGAAGUUUAAAAGACAGCUGAGUGAGGAUGGAAGACAGCUGCGACGGGGGAGCCUGGGAGGUGCUCUGACUGGCAGGUAUCUCCUUCCAAACCCGGCUGCUGGGCAAGCCUGGGCGACCUCUGCGGAGACGUCCAACCUCGUGCGCAUGCGCAGCCAGGCCCUUGGCCAGUCGGCGCCCUCGCUCACCGCCAGCCUGAAGGAGCUGAGUCUUCCCAGAAGAGGAAGUCUGAUAGAUUCCCAGAAGUGGAAUUGCUUGGUCAAACGUUGCCGAACCAGCAACCGGAAAAGCUUGAUAGGCAAUGGACAGUCCUCAGCAUUGCCUCGGCCCCACUCACCUCUUUCUGCUCAUGCAGGAAAUAGCCCUCAAGAUAGUCCAAGAAAUUUCUCCCCCAGUGCCUCGGCUCAUUUUUCAUUUGCACGGAGGACUGAUGGACGCCGCUGGUCCUUGGCUUCUCUCCCCUCCUCUGGCUAUGGGACAAACACUCCCAGCUCUACGGUCUCUUCAUCCUGUUCCUCCCAGGAGAAGUUGCAUCAGUUACCAUAUCAACCGACACCAGAUGAAUUACACUUCUUAUCAAAACAUUUUUGUACCACCGAAAGCAUCACCACAGAGAACAGAUGCAGAAACACACCCAUGCGCCCCCGUUCCCGAAGUCUAAGCCCUGGACGUUCUCCCGCCUGCUGUGACCAUGAAAUAAUUAUGAUGAACCAUGUCUACAAAGAAAGGUUCCCAAAGGCUACAGCUCAGAUGGAAGAGCGCCUAAAGGAAAUCAUCACCAGCUACUCUCCAGACCAUGUUCUCCCCCUUGCAGAUGGAGUGCUCAGCUUCACUCACCAUCAGAUUAUUGAACUGGCUCGAGAUUGUUUGGAUAAAUCCCACCAGGGUCUCAUCACCUCACGAUACUUCCUUGAAUUACAGCACAAAUUAGAUAAGUUACUACAGGAGGCUCACAAUCGUUCAGAUAGUGGAGAGCUGGCAUUUAUUAAACAACUAGUUCGAAAGAUCCUGAUUGUUAUUGCCCGCCCUGCUCGCUUAUUAGAGUGCCUGGAAUUUGAUCCUGAAGAAUUUUACUACCUAUUGGAAGCAGCAGAAGGCCAUGCCAAAGAAGGACAGGGUAUUAAAACUGACAUUCCCAGGUACAUCAUUAGCCAGCUUGGCCUCAAUAAAGAUCCUCUGGAAGAAAUGGCUCAACUGGGAAACUAUGAUAGCGGGACAGCAGAAACACCAGAAACAGAUGAAUCCGUGAGUAGCUCUAAUGCUUCCCUGAAACUUCGAAGGAAACCUCGGGAAAGUGAUUUUGAAACGAUUAAAUUGAUCAGCAACGGAGCCUAUGGGGCAGUCUAUUUCGUUCGGCACAAGGAAUCCCGGCAGAGGUUUGCCAUGAAGAAGAUUAAUAAGCAGAACCUCAUCCUCCGCAACCAGAUCCAGCAGGCCUUUGUGGAGCGGGAUAUCCUGACUUUUGCAGAAAACCCUUUUGUUGUCAGCAUGUAUUGCUCCUUUGAGACCAGGCGCCACUUGUGCAUGGUCAUGGAAUAUGUGGAAGGGGGUGACUGUGCUACCUUAAUGAAGAACAUGGGUCCUCUCCCCGUUGAUAUGGCCAGGAUGUACUUUGCUGAGACGGUCCUGGCCUUGGAAUAUCUACAUAAUUAUGGAAUUGUACAUAGGGAUUUGAAACCAGACAAUUUGUUGGUCACCUCCAUGGGGCACAUAAAGCUGACAGAUUUUGGAUUAUCCAAGGUGGGACUCAUGAGCAUGACUACCAAUCUUUACGAGGGUCAUAUUGAGAAGGAUGCCCGAGAGUUCCUGGACAAGCAGGUCUGUGGCACACCUGAAUACAUUGCACCAGAAGUGAUUCUGAGGCAGGGCUACGGGAAGCCAGUGGACUGGUGGGCCAUGGGGAUUAUUCUCUAUGAAUUUCUGGUUGGAUGCGUGCCAUUCUUUGGGGACACUCCAGAAGAGCUAUUUGGACAAGUCAUCAGUGAUGAGAUCAACUGGCCUGAAAAGGAUGAGGCUCCACCCCCUGAUGCCCAGGAUCUGAUUACCUUGCUCCUCAGGCAGAAUCCCCUGGAGAGACUGGGAACAGGUGGUGCAUAUGAAGUCAAACAGCAUCGAUUCUUCCGUUGCUUAGACUGGAACAGUUUGCUGAGACAGAAGGCAGAAUUUAUUCCCCAACUGGAAUCUGAAGAUGACACAAGUUAUUUUGAUACUCGGUCAGAGAAGUACCAUCAUAUGGAGACCGAGGAAGAAGAUGACACGAAUGAUGAAGACUUUAAUGUGGAAAUAAGGCAGUUUUCCUCAUGUUCACAUAGGUUUUCUAAGGUUUUCAGCAGUAUGGAUCGAGGUACUCAGAAUUCAGGAGAAGAGAAGGAAGACCCUGGGGACAAAACUAAAAGCACAACUUUGCCAUCCACGGAAACGUUAAGCUGGAGUUCAGAGUAUUCUGAAAUGCAACAGUUAUCCACAUCCAACUCUUCGGAUACUGACAGCAACAGACAUAGGAUCGGUUCUGGGCUGCUUCCCAAGCUGGCCGUUUCAGCAGAGGCAGAACAUGAUGGGGCCGCUCCCCAGCCCAGAGAGCUGCACGAGGAGCCGGAAAAGCCAGCCCUCCCCGCUGCAGAGAGUGCCCAGGAGGAGCCCGAGGUCACCACCCCGGCCAGCACGAUCAGCAGCUCCACUCUGUCAGUUGGCAGUUUUUCAGAGCACUUGGAUCAGAUAAAUGGACGAAGCGAGUGUGUGGACAGUACAGACAAUGCCUCCAAGCCCUCCAGUGAGCCCGCCUCUCACAUGGCUCGGCAGCGCUUAGAAAGCACAGAGAAACAGAAAGCCUCGGGGAAAGUCACAAAGUCCCUUUCUGCCAGUGCCCUGUCCCUCAUGAUCCCAGGAGAUAUGUUCGCUGUUUCUCCACUGGGAAGUCCAAUGUCUCCCCACUCCCUGUCCUCGGACCCUUCUUCCUCAAGGGAUUCCUCUCCCAGCCGAGAUUCUUCAGGAGCUUCUGCCAGUCCACACCAGCCCAUUGUGAUCCACAGUUUAGGGAAGAACUAUGGUUUCACCAUUCGAGCCAUCCGGGUGUACGUGGGAGACAGCGACAUUUACACAGUGCAUCAUAUCGUUUGGAAUGUCGAAGAAGGAAGUCCCGCUUGCCAGGCAGGACUGAAGGCUGGGGAUCUGAUCACGCACAUCAAUGGAGAACCGGUGCAUGGACUUGUCCACACGGAAGUUAUAGAGCUCCUGCUAAAGAGUGGAAAUAAGGUGUCAAUCACGACCACCCCAUUUGAAAACACAUCAAUCAAAACGGGACCGGCCAGGAGAAACAGCUAUAAGAGCCGGAUGGUGAGGCGGAGCAAGAAAUCUAAGAAGAAGGAAAGUCUGGAAAGGAGGAGAUCCCUUUUCAAAAAACUAGCCAAGCAGCCUUCUCCUUUACUCCACACCAGCCGAAGUUUCUCCUGCUUGAACCGAUCCUUGUCAUCAGGGGAGAGCCUCCCAGGGUCCCCCACUCACAGCUUGUCUCCCCGAUCCCCUACACCCAGCUACCGUUCCACCCCUGACUUCCCAUCCGGCACUAACUCCUCCCAGAGCAGCUCCCCAAGCUCCAGCGCUCCCAACUCCCCAGCGGGGUCAGGACACAUCCGGCCCAGCACACUCCAUGGUCUGGCCCCCAAACUCAGUGGGCAGCGCUACCGGUCAGGAAGGCGGAAGUCAGCCGGCAGCAUCCCCCUGUCUCCACUGGCCCGGACACCCUCUCCAACCCCACAGCCCACCUCCCCGCAGCGCUCCCCAUCCCCUCUGCUGGGGCACUCACUUGGCAAUUCCAAGAUGGCUCAAGCCUUUCCCAGCAAAAUGCACUCCCCACCCACCAUCGUCAGGCACGUCGUGAGGCCCAAGAGUGCAGAACCCCCUCGGUCCCCACUGCUCAAGCGCGUGCAGUCGGAGGAGAAGCUCUCUCCCUCCUAUGGAGGCGACAAGAAGCACCUGUGCUCCCGCAAGCACAGCCUGGAGGUCACCCAGGAGGAGGUGCCGCGGGAGCAGCAACAGCGGGAAGUGACCUUGCAGAGCCUGGAGGAGAAUGUGUGCGACGCGCCUGCCCUCAGCCGGGCCAGGCCCGUGGAGCAGGGCUGCCUGAAACGCCCCGUGUCCCGGAAGCUGGGCCGCCAGGAGUCUGUGGACGAGCUGGACCGAGAGAAGCUAAAGGCCAAGGUGGUGGUGAAGAAACCUGACGGGCUCUCGGAAAAACAGGAAUCCCGUCCAAAGCCCCACGGACUCGGCAGUGACUUGGAAAACCUCUGUGCUUUUAGGCUCGAAGAGAGAGACAAGAAAAUCUAUCCGAAAGCUUCAGAGAGGUCAAAUCAUUUUGAAAGCAAAGCAGCCGUGCAGGAGGCCCAGCCCCUGUCCAGCCUUUUGAAAGAUGCUCUCCACAAGCAGGCCAACGUGCGGGCCAGCGAGGGUGUCACCUCUGAGGGGGCAACGGCAGCUGGGGACCACGGCCAGGGGACCACCUGUGACCUCAAACGAGCCUCGACGCACAGCCCCCUCCAAGACGGCCUCUGUCACACCACCCACAGGUCCACCUCUGGGAAGGGGGACACCGCAGAGAAGGUCCCCCAGGCCAAGGAGGGUCUGCGGUGUGAGAAGUUAGACGGCAAGUUGGCCAACAUCGAUUACCUCCGAAAGAAGAUGUCCCUCGAAGACAAAGACGAGAGCCUCUGCUCUGUGCUCAAGCCCAAGGUGACGGCCAGUGCCCAGGAGUGCCUGCCUGGGAGCCUGGGCCGGCCCGUGGGAGGGCAGCAGGAGGCCCCGCCAGCCUCCGAGGGCCGCACACCGUUCAUCAGCAGCGCCCACGCAGCUCAGCUCAGCGCCGUCUCCUUUGUCCCUCUCAAGGCCCUUUCUGGCCGGGUGGACAGUGGAACAGAGAAGCCAGGCUUGGCUGCCCCAGAGUCGCCUGUCCGGAAAAGCCCCUCCGAGUACAAGCUGGAAGGGAGGUCUGUGUCGUGCCUGAAGCCCAUUGAAGGCACCUUGGACAUCGCUCUCCUGUCGGGACCUCAGGCCUCCAAGACAGAGCUGCCUUCCCCGGAGCCUGCCCAGAGCCCCAGCCCAGGCAGUGAUGCGGAGUCCCCCGUGCCCCUGGCUCUCCCCAACAGUGCAGGGAGGAAGGCUGACACUGCGGGUCAGAGAGAGUCCUCCCCUGCCAGCUUCAAGGUGAACAAAUCCUAUCUGCUUGAGCCCCGGUUCCCACCGUCCAGUCGGGGUCUGCAGAGUUCACCAGUGGCUGCCCCGCCUGACCCAGAGCUGAAGCUGGACAAGAAGGUCUCCCAGGCAGCCCGUGCCCCAGCGACCAUCAUGGAGAACCAUCCUCAGCAGGGAGAGGGCCACCCCAGCCAACACCAAGACCGCAGCCCUGACGUUAAGCUCCUUCCCUUCCCAGGGCAGAACCUCCAAGGCGCCAAUGCAUCUAGAUCCCUCAGCCCACUCUCGCCUGAAAGUGUCCCUUCCAGGGAGAAGCCGAGUGGCAGAGAGUUGUCCGAAAGGGGCCCGUCAGUAGUUAGGAGCGAGUGGUCAGCUGUGAGGUCCGACAUCCGCAGAAACCCCUCCAAGGAACUGUGUCCCCCAGAAGCUGCUAAACCCAGCGACAGCUCCCAAACCCUCCCUGUGGUGGGGAGGACCCACCCGGAUGUCUCCACCCAGAUCCAGGCCUUGGAGAAAGCAUGUGGGCCUUGUGGGAGAGCAAAGCCCAGAGAUGGCCGAGAGGAGGUGAGGCUGCUGGCCAGAGCGGACUCCUCUUUGCGCUCUGCGGGGGCUCCUUGUGAGAGAGAGCUGGGCGCAGAGAGUGGCCUGGAAUCCAAGAUGGAACCUGCUUCUACCAGGCGGUCUCUGGAGCCGCCCAGGCCAGAGAGUGAGAAGAGUAGAAGGCUUUCUGGUUUCCAGUCUGUUCAGAAAGACAGUCCCAAGGAACCGGAAAGGAAAGAACAGCCUCUGCAAAAGCACGUCACCAGUAGUUCUCAGCCAGGUCCUAAGGAACUGGAAAGGAAAGAACAGCCUCUGCAAAAGCAUGUCACCAGUAGUUCUCAGCCAGGUCCCAAGGACCUGGAAAGGAAAGAACAGCCUCUGCAAAAGCACCUCACCAGUAGUUCUCAACCAGGUCCUAAGGAACUGGAAAGGAAAGAACAGCCUCUGCAAAAGCAUGUCACCAGUAGUUCUCAGCCGGGUCCCAAGGAACUGGAAAGGAAAGAACAGCCUCUGCAAAAGCACCUCACCAGUAGUUCUCAACCAGGUCCUAAGGAACUGGAAAGGAAAGAACAGCCUCCACAAAAGCAUGUCACCAGUAGCUCUCAGCUGAGUCCCAAGGAACCAGAAAUGAAAGAACAGCCCCUGCAAAAGCACCUCUUGAGUAGUUCUCAGCCGGGUCUCAAGGAACUGGAAAGGAAAGAACAGUGUUUGCAAAAGUACCUCACCAGUACCUCUCAGCUGGGUCCCAAGGAACCGGAAAGGAAAGAACAACCUCCACAAAAGCAUGUCACCAGUAGUUCUCAGCUGAGUCCCAAGGAACCAGAAAUGAAAGAACAGCCCCUGCAAAAGCACCUCACCAGUAGUUCUCAGCUGGUUCCCAAGGAACUAGAAAGGAAAGAACAAUGUUUGCAAAAGCACCUCACCAGUAGUUCUCAGGUGGGUCCCAAGGAACUAGAAAGGAAAGAACAGUCCCCACAAAAGCACCUCACCAGUAGUUCUCAGCCAGGUCCCAAGGACCUGGAAAGGAAAGAACAGCCUCUGCAAAAGCAUGUCACCAGUAGUUCUCAGCCAGGUCCUAAGGAACUGGAAAGGAAAGAACAGCCUCUGCAAAAGCAUGUCACCAGUAGUUCUCAGCCGGGUCCUAAGGAACUGGAAAGGAAAGAACAGCCUCCACAAAAGCAUGUCACCAGUAGCUCUCAGCUGAGUCCCAAUGAACCAGAAAUGAAAGAACAGCCCCUGCAAAAGCACCUCUCGAGUAGUUCUCAGCCGGGUCUCAAGGAACUGGAAAGGAAAGAACAGUGUUUGCAAAAGCACCUCACCAGUACCUCUCAGCUGGGUCCCAAGGAACCAGAAAGGAAAGAACAAUGUUUGCAAAAGCACCUCACCAGUAGUUCUCAGGUGGGUCCCAAGGAACUAGAAAGGAAAGAACAGCCCCCACAAAAGCACCUCACCAGUAACUCUCAGCCAGGUCCCAAGGAACUGGAAGGGAAAGAACAGUGUUUGCAGAAGCACCUCACCAGUAGUUCUCAGCUGGGUCCCAAGGAACUGGAAAGGAAAGAACAGCCUCCACAAAAGCAUCACCUCACCAGUAGCUGUCAGCCCUCACCCCCCACCAAAGAGCUCCCUGGCCUGGCUUGUCAGCACCGCAUUCUGCCCAGCCACCCUGCUGCCUCUCUGCCAGGGAGCACGCCCUGUGCUACAGACUCCAGCUUCCAGGAUGCUCUCAGGCCCACUGCUGUGCCCAGUGACAGCAGUAGCCACAAGCCCAGGUCUGACCCCGACCUGGGCCCUCCAAAGUCUAAGUUCCCAGACCAGCCCCUCUCCUCCCAGAAGCCGAGUGCUGAGGCUGCAGUGAGCAAAGAGCCUGGCGCUCCGACCCUCGGCAGAGCGGGGGUGGGGAGUGGUAAGGGUGUAUCAGAGGAGUUCCCUGUCCUCCCAAGUCCCCAGAAAACAGCCCGUGAAGUGAUCGGCCAGGGAGCCAGUGGGCGCUCAGUCCCCCUGCCCACAGAAGGGGGUCCUCUAGACACAAAGCUGAGACCCCCCAGCGCUGGGUGUCCCCCAGAGGCACUGGAGAUGCUCGGACAUCCACCUGGGCGAGGACUCCUCGGGGCCAGUGAGUCAGUGGACCAGAAACUUCCCACCGUCAGGGAAAGGCAAAACCUGUCUCCAAAGGCCCCCACACCAUCCACUGUGAAAGAUUGUCCCCCUCUGUGCAAACAGACAGACAGGAGCCCGAGUCCGCUGGCCACCAGUGCUGACGCCGGCAAGUCUGAAGGCAAGAAACGCACUGAAGCACUUUACACCCCUGCGGAUGGGGAGAAGCCAGGGGCUGGCUUGUCCUCGGUGCACAGCGAGGCUGGGCCCAAGGGUGCGGAGCAGCCGGCAGCAGCCGCUGGGAAGGGCUGGCCAGAGGCCAAGGGGAAAGGGCUCGGUCCCCAGAAGCCACUGACCGAGGCGAGCAAGCCCAGCGGCAUGAAGCGGUCACCUUCAGCCACAGUGCAGAGCUCUCUCGGCUGUGCCACCCUCCCAGGGAAGUCUCAGAGCUAUUCCUGUGGCUUUCCUGAGGCCAGACCAGCAGUUCCAGAGACUUCUACCACCUCCAGCAACACCUCUGCCAAGGCCAGCGGGCCUGCAGCAGAAUGCCCAGCCUCCAGCAGCAGGGACCAGCAGAAACCCCUGCCUAGCGGGAGUGGCAGAACCCAAAUGACCAAGAGCGACUCCUUGCCAUCCUUCCGUAGCUCAGCCGCCACUCUGGAGUCCCAGCACCCCAGCCCUGGCCUGGUGGUGGGCACCAGCCACCGGGACAGGGCCCUCUCAGUAACCACCGCCGUGGGAGAAACCAAAGGGAAGGAGCCAGCCCCCACCCAGCCAGCUCAGACCAGGAACCAGAAUGUGAGCAGAGAGGCGGCCAAGCCAUCCCCCGCUCCAAGCACUGAGCGCCCCGUCAUUCUUCCUUCUGAGAAGGACACUGGGCUGCGACAGAGGCGGGGGAAAGAGAGUUUGCGCGGCAGCCCCAACAAAAAGGCCUUGUGAUGGGGCAGGCCCGGGCGGCACUGGGGAAACCCACCCUGCGUGUGUCACUGCGUCUUGACUACCUUGGAAACCAGCAUCGUGGGACACCACCCCCCUGCUAUCGGCAGAGCCUGGAGCCUCACUGAAGAAGCGAGGAGACAAGAGACAGAGAAAGAGGGGACCUUCUUCCAAAUGCCUUCCCAAAUUGGAACCGGCAAACUUACCAGAUAGUGUUUGUACAAAAUAAAACAAAAAAAAAACAAAAAAAUUCUUUCUGGUUGAGGUUGAGGGUUGUUGAGGGAAAAGAUUUUCUCUGUAAAUAUCUAGCAAUGUGUUUGGUUUGGGGUGUAGAGUUGAUACCUUGCUGCUGAUGGCGUCAUUUACUACAACUUUUGGGUUUUCUUUAAGUAGGAUUUUUGCUCUACCAUUGAUCAUGAUGCAGUCAUGAAGCGAAAUGGCUAAAAUGGUGUUUGUUAAAAUAUAGAUGCACCCAUAUUCAUGUAUAUACACAUCCACCCACGUGUUUUGGUCUGUGGUUGAAAAGACUCUUGCAAGGCUACAUUUUUUUCCAAGUUAAAACAUUCUGAGUAGAGUUGAUGGUGGAAGAAAGCCUGAAAUACACUAGAUGGUGAGUUUGUAUGUGUAUUUUUAACCAGAAAUUUUGAUAGCGCUGUAUCUGGCUACCUAUAUUUCCAGAUCUAAAGCAAGAAUGACUCGAAUCACUGCGUCUGGAAUGCUGCUCCAUCAGGAAUGGCCACAACAGAUGGAGCUAGCCGUUUUCAUUUCACUAAUGGCCAUUUUGAUCCUGGGCCCAACUGUCUCCAAGGCCAGUUGUCCUUGUGUGUGGAUGUGGGUGUCGACUCUUCACUAUAGGUAGAGCGAGGGCUAUAAACACACGUUGACUUUUAUUUCUGUUCUGCUUUCCCUCCUUCUCAUGCUCUUAAAUAAACUCAGGCCUUUAUGCUAUGAGUCGCUAGUCCAAGAAGCACACAUUUUGUAGUAGUUCUGCGCCCGCCCUGCUGUUGAACAAAACAGAAAAUAACUGGCCGCACACAAAUCUGCUCGUAUUUAGGUUGAUUAAUAAGCACUAGGCAUUGGAAGAGGUUUUCACUUUGCUUUUUUGAGGAAAAGUGGAGGGGGUAUGGAUUUUGGCAUCAUAGCAUAUAUUUUAAGGAAUAAUCAGGACAUCAGAUACAUUUUAAUACAUAGCUGGGGCCUUAUGUUGUAGAUGAAGCUUGCUGUUUUUAGCAAGUUCCUGGGUUUCACAUUCAUUUCUGGUGCAUCAAGUAGCUCCAUACAUUUCAUAACAUGGUCUCUUUAUUUGUAUGCAAAAAAUAUAUAUACUGUAUUAAUAAAGAGCAGCAUUUUUGUAAUAAAAAGACUUGGAGCUAUUUGGUGCUUGAAUGUGACUGUCCUUUUUACUUUUGCUAAGCCUUAUUUAAAUUUUGUAUACCAUGGAAUAUGUAGGAUUUGUCCAAUGAUUUUAGUGCUGAGGGGGUCUUUGUGUUUUUUGUUGCAGUUUUCCUGGUGGCUUGUUUUGUAUUGUAAGACAGCACUUGCUGGCGUAAGUACUAAGCACUAAGAGAAAAUACACACAGAUAAGCAUUUAUAAGAUGCUUGGGAUCCAUAGCAGGAUUUUUGUUCUGUUUUGUAAGAGAAAAAAUCACCAGUAAAUACUAGUCCAGCACCCAACCCCGCUCCCCGCAGGGAUAUCUUAGUAUCUUCAGGCUAUAAAAUUGUUCACCUAAGCACAGCAUCAUCUUACAUCCCUGUGGAUUGUAAAUCAUUUAGUGAGGCUAUAAACUCCACUCCAAAAACAAUUGCUUGGUUGUCCUUCAUUGUAAAAUGAGUUGACAGUGGUGGAAAAACUCUCUUCCUUGCCCCUAACUUUUUUCCCAUAAGGUUCUAGCCAUUCCCCAUCACUAUGUUGUGAAUUGUAGAAGAAACAAAUAUUUUGAAAGAACUUAAAUGGGUUUCAAAAAUGGUCUCAACAUUUAUAAUUCAUACCUGCAUUCGGCGGCUGUCAUAACCCAACCCUUCUGCGCCCAGACAUCUAGACAGGUCUGUCGGGGAGGUAGUGUAUGGUUUACAGCCUUUGCUUUUUAACUGUCCAGUUUUCUUUAAAGCACAACUAGCUGCUUGUUUACAAAUGAUAUUUUAAAAUGUAUAUUUUGUAUAGUGUAUUUUCAUUUUUGCCAAAUAUGUUUUUGCAUUUUGGAUGGCUACAGAGUCCCUAAGAUUGCAUUUGUGUAAUACCUGUCUGUUGUUGUAAACCUCUCCAGUCAGAUGGUAGAAAUUCUCCUGUGUUCUGUUUGGUCGGUCUCCUGUGAUUGUAAGGUGUGCUCCUCGCUAGUACUCCCAGCUGUAGAUUUACCAGCUUAAAGUUUGUUAGGAUCUGUGCAAUAAAGUGUUUGCAGUCUUAUUUUCUCUAAGGAAUUCCCUAUGGAUGUCAUAAUUGUUGUAUAUUGAACAAAUAUUUAUACUUAUGCAGUUGCAUAACAUUGAAAUAAAAAUUU